CUUCAGUGUUUUCAGGAUACCACUUAUUUGGCAUGAUAUCUAUAUUUUGGGAUGGAAAUCCAUUUUCCUGUUGUUAUAAUGGGUUAUCUUGAUCCAACAUCCAAAAUGGUUUUCAUUUGCUUAGAACUUUUAUGUUGCUAACCUUGUCACAGAAUUCACAACAAAGAUCUGGACUACAUAAUUUUUGGGAAACCGAAUCCGUUUGUAUUCAAGAAUACUGAAGCAAUUUUGAGUCAACUUAUGCCAUCUAGUCAUCUUUCUCUGUUGGAGAAUAGUGGAGUCUCUGAAUCACUUCCUUUCAAAACUCUUUAUAUGAUUGGUGACAAUCCUGCAGUUGAUAUCAAAGGUGCACGGCAGGCAGGGAGUCCUUGGUUUUCUAUCUUGACAAGGACUGGCGUUUUCCGGGGAGACAGUAAUCACACAGAGUAUCCGGCUGACCUGGCAAGUAACUUGAUCAAUUUGAUUGAUGCACCUCAUUAUUUCUACUUGCAUCUGUAUUCUAUAUAUUCUGGAAAUGUGCAUCUGCUCUCUUAGUCCAUCUUCCUAGUUCCAGUGUUUCACCCAUUGUUUUGCAGGUCGUUGACACUGUGGAGGAGGCAGUGGACUUUAUUAUGAGCAAUGAAAUUAUUCUUUAGGCAAAUUUUUUGAAGGCGUUAAUAUUGGAGGAUUUGUGCCAUGCCUUCGCGGCCUAUUUUGCAUCUGAAUCAACUAUGCAUACACAACAAAUUUGUUCUACAUUUUUCUGAGAAUUUCAUAUCAGCCUCAGUCGAAGUUAUAAAAAUUUUUUCAACUAAGGACAUAUCCUAGCUUUGGACCAAGUUCUCUCCCAUAAGCGUAGUUCGUCUUACAUAAAUUAUGGAGAGCGUGAUUUAUGUAAAUUGCAAAAUAACAUUACUGCAUAACUUUUUUAUCCAUAAAAAUAGUUGUAAAAACAUACUUAAUAGAAGAUUAUUUGAUUAAGAUAAUUGAUAUUUUCUUUAAUUUUUUUUAAAAAUGGAAUUCACCAGGAAUAUUAAGAUUGGGGAGGCAUUUUGAAGAACAAAAAAGAUUUAGGGUCUUGUCUGUAAUUUCCAUCCUUCUCAAAACUGCCGUGUCCCUUUGUUCUGCAAAUAGGAUAAGCCCCGCCCCUUCUAUCCUCUCCAGUCUCCACCCACAGCCAUGGAAACUACGCUCCUCUCCAUCCCUUCCUUCCACCCAUCGUCCUUCCAAACCCUAAUACUAAAACCCUCAAACCCACUUGUCUGCAAACCCAAACUCGUCGGCUGCAAAGCCCCUCAGUUGCUGUCCAUCAGAGCUGCCAUUUCCCGCUCCAGGAAAGAGGAAACCGUCGAGGCUGUCAAGAUCCAGCUCGAAAACUGUUAUCUCCUCGCCGGAAUCAACUACGAGGGCUUUACCGUGAAGCAAUUUCAAGUCCUGCGCAGAGCCUUCCCGGAAUCGUCGAAGCUACUCGUGGCCAAGAAUACGCUGGUAAUCAAGGCCAUAGAGGGCACCCCUUGGGAACCCCUCAAACCUUGCAUGAAGGGGAUGAACGCCUGGCUCUUCGUCCACAGCGAGGAGAUCCCCGCUGCGAUUAAGCCUUUCAGGACCUUCCAGAAGGAGGAGAGGUUAGAAGAAAAUGACUUUGUGGGUGCAGUUUUCGAGGGCAAGUUUUAUGGCCCUGGGGAUUUUAACCAGCUGGAGAACAUGCCUACCAGAGCAGAGGUUUAUGCCAAGAUGUUGGGAGCUUUGCAGGGGCCGGCAAUAGGGCUUGUGAGUACACUUAAGGCGCCAGCCAGGGAUGUAGUGAUGGUCUUGAAAGCUUAUGUCAAGAAGCUUGAGGAGAAAAGUGGGCAAUAAUGGAGUAUAAACUUGCAAGUUAGAGAUUCUUGAUUAGUAAGUGUAAUCUAAGAACCCAUUUUUCUGUUGGUGUUAAAGUGAAAGGUUGUCACAAUAUGUUUGGUUUUUGUAGAAUGUUGAUGUGAAAUCCAAAAUUUGAAUUAGUGAUGUUUGCA